CUCGACAGUAAGCUGAGUUUCUGUCCUGCUCCUUUAAGGAAGCAGCACAGCCAGUUGAGAAAUAUGACUUAACCAGAAGGGGUGGUGCUUAAGCAAACUGUGACACUGACUGGCCAUGUGAAUUCAACCGGGACUCCGGAUCAGCAGAGUCAACAGAUGAUCCGGGUGCUGGCCCUUCAAGAAAUCUAACAGCGUUUUCAUUUUCAUUUUAAUCUAAUGUGUUUAGAUUCCUUUGAGUUUUGGUAAACUUGAUUUUAAAAAGCAUUCAGAAUAAACUACAAAUGUACCGCGGUUCAUCAGUCUAACGAGUGGAUCUACUUCGUGGAGGCUUUUAUUUAUUUUGACUGAAGCUUGGACGCGCUUUGGGACACGCAGAUGCGCGUUUAGUGGUCUGUCCCUGAACUUCCCAGCUUUACGCACUUAACCGGAGGGCGGUGGGAGUUGUCGCUUUACUUUGAUUGAGUCCUCCUGAGCACCGCUGGUGACAAGUCGGCGUGAACAUGCUUCAGAAUGGAAGCGGAAAGGAAAAACCGCCAAAGACUGAUGGAGCAGAGUCAGACUCUCCGGCUGCCGACCCGAAACCGCAGCCUGACCCCCCCGCCGCUGACAAGAAGGACACCGAUACCGAGCUGCCACACUUCGCCAUGCCCGCUUAUCCCAAACUGGAGAUAAAACGCAACGCGGUGACGGACGAUUAUAAAAUCUCCAGUCAGGUUCUGGGCUUGGGAAUCAAUGGCAAAGUGCUCGAGUGCUUCAAUAAGAAGACCGGACAGAAGUGCGCACUGAAGAUCCUCUACGACAGCCCCAAGGCGAGAAGAGAGGUGGAGCUGCAUUGGCGAGUGUCGGGGGGGCCGUACAUCGUUCGCAUUCUGAGCCUUUAUGAGAACAUGCAUCACGGGAAGAAGUGUCUGCUCAUCAUCAUGGAGUGCAUGGAGGGCGGAGAGUUGUUCAGCAGAAUCCAGGCCAGAGGAGACCAGGCCUUCACUGAAAAAGAGGCAUCUGAGAUUAUGAGGGACAUCAGCACAGCCAUCGAAUUUCUCCAUAACAUGAACAUCGCACACAGAGACGUCAAGCCAGAGAACCUGCUGUAUACAAAUAAAGAUAAAAAUGGGGUCCUCAAACUGACAGACUUUGGCUUUGCUAAGGAGACAACGCUGCAUAACCCUUUGCAGACCCCCUGUUAUACACCGUACUAUGUGGCUCCGGAAGUUUUAGGUCCAGAGAAGUAUGACAAGUCAUGCGACAUGUGGUCUCUGGGUGUCAUCAUGUACAUCCUGUUGUGUGGCUUCCCUCCAUUUUACUCCAACACAGGUCAAGCUAUUUCUCCGGGGAUGAAGAGGAGAAUUAGGAUGGGCCAGUAUGAGUUUCCUAAUCCAGAAUGGUCUGAGGUGUCGCAGGAAGCUAAAGAUUUGAUCCACCAGCUACUGAAGACAGACCCUAACGAGAGAAUGACCAUCACUCAAUUUACCAACCACCCCUGGAUCAAUCAGUCCAUGGUGGUUCCCUCCACUCCACUCCACACAACCAGGGUCCUGACUGAAGAUAGAGAGAUGUGGGAGGACGUGAAGGAGGAGAUGACCAGCGCCUUAGCAACCAUGCGUGUGGACUAUGAUCAGGUAAAGAUCAAGGAUCUCGACACAUCCAGCAACCCUCUGCUCAAUAAGAGACGCAAAAAGGCUGCUGCAGGGGCCAAGGGGGGGUCCACUGUCUGCCAGAGUCAGUAAUACAAGCAGGCCCCUCGGAGGAAAACAAGUCGGACGGCAUCAGAGACGAAGAAAAGCAGCUCAGAACAGGGAAGAAAAGUUCAUAUGUGUUGGAGGCAAAUAUUUCGAGGUCUGCUAAGAACCUUUGAGAGAAUGGACUUGAAUGAAAUGUUCUCUGAAAUAAAGGGACAUCAUCAGUGAUUGCAGCCGUGUUAAUGCUGGAGGUUUAAACAACUUCUCAAAACGUGAUGCCACCUGUUUCCUGUCAGUGCUAGAAAAUACGUCUCGGCUCACUGUUUUUAAUCAUUUUCAAAUAUGUGAUUUUUAGAGCUUGCCUGAUUAUAAGAGUGUCUGUGUGCAGACAUGAAGUACUCGUAGUGGUCAUAUUUUGUGUAUUUGAAUGCUGGAUUGCCUGUUUGAAGUCUCAUUUGCAACUAUGCACAAACAAAGAAACCAACUGUGGACAGACUGUGAAACUCGUUAUUGCCUGUGUUGUCUUAAUAUUGUUGUCUUUCUCUGGUUGCCUUCCUUUCAGGGCUCAAACAGUCUCAUACUAACUGUUUUGUUCAUAAAAUGCAGCCUCUGUAUUGACCUACAGUCCAUCCUGAGGAACUAUUUUUAACUGAAGCGACAAUAAAAUGAAAUCACUCACUAUCA